CCUUCAUAAAGAUGAGCUACAAAAAUUUGGAUUAUUCAGAAUUUGAGGACUUGGGUGAGCAGCUCCCGCGGUAUCGGCCCGACUCAAUCGCAGCUUUACGGCGGCUGACAAGGUUCACAGAACCAGAGCUAAAGAGACUCUAUCGAGGGUUCAAAGCAGAAUGCCCAACCGGUGUCGUCCGAGAAGAAACCUUCAAACUUAUUUACUCCCAGUUCUUUCCACAAGGAGCUAAUACCGCUCAAUAUGCACAUUAUGUAUUCAACACAUUGGACCAAGAUAGGAGUGGACUGCUCAGUUUUGAGGAAUUUGUUACUGGUUUAUCGGUGCUAUCGAGAGGAACAAUAGAAGAGAAGCUGCAGUGGACCUUCUCGCUUUACGAUAUCAACGGAGAUGGAUAUAUAACGAAGGAAGAAAUGACUGAAAUAGUAACCGCGAUUUAUGAUCUAAUGGGCAAGAUCGUGGAACCAAUGAUAGACGACGAUGCCAUUCGAGAAAAAGUUGAAAGAUUGUUUCAAAAAAUGGACUUAAAUCGUGACGGGGUCCUUACACUUGACGAGUUUUUGGACUGCUGUUUACGCGACGAAGAUAUAAUUCGCUCAAUGGGAGUGUUUGACAGCACCUUCUGACGCCCUGCCUCAAGGCGACCGAGACGCCGCGCGUGCUAAACCAUCAUAAUAAUAGGCCCGGUUUUUUUAUUAACCCUAAUUGAUUACGAGUUCUGUAAAAUCUCAGGAAGUCAACGUGUCGUAGUUAGUACCGAAUAUAGUGAAUUAAUGUAUUCCUUCAAUUUCGAUGUCAUAAUGAAUGUAAGUAGUUUUACGGAAAUUAUAUUGAAAAAUAUUUUUGUAACAAUAAAGUAGAAUGAAUGUCGUGAAAUGUUCAAAUUUUCCAAAUAAAUUCUUCUUUCGAACUAUUACACUUUUAAUGCCUAGGAAAAAUUGUCUCUCGUAGUUUAUCAACCUAUUGUAGGGCAUCUUUAAGAGAGCUUAUCAUAAGAAUUUCUUCAACUAAUCCCUGAUAUUUAAAGAUGUCGAAACGCUUUUUGGAUUUCUACGAACAUGUUUUCAUUUCGCAUAUAGAUACUUGCGUCUACUGUUUCUAGCUAACCUCUCUCUUUUAAAUUAUUCCGGCCAUUUUUUCGUAGAUAAUAUGUAAUGAAGAUAUUUCUAAAUAUAUUAUUAUAUACCUGUCUUGUUUGGAAUAAAUCGUAUCAUACAUCAGCGCCUCUUUAGGUUCCAAUAGCGAUACCUAUCCAGAUGUUUUUGUAUGGAAGUUCGGUUUAGUUCUAUCAAUAUCCGUAGCGCUGUAGUCGUAUCCACGCGAAAAUAAAUAAUUAUUGUGAUCGCUAUAAGAAGUGACAGAGUAAUCCCAAGUCCAUGACUUUGUUAUGUAAAUUUGGUUGAUAAUAAACUGUAGCAGCAUUAGUCUUUCAUUUAAAACCACAAAAAUCUUUUGUGUUAUAAAUUACAAAUCAUUUCCUUAAAAAGUGUUAAAUGGAAUAAUGCCGGAUAUGGUAAAGUUAUUUUAUUGUGAACUUACACAAUUGUAACAUUACAAGAACUGAAGUUUAUUUAAUUAAUGUAAUGUGUAAUAGAUAAUCAAGGACAGUGCAAUUCGUUCAGCGCUCCCUGGGACUCUUUGUCAACAUUGAAUAAUCGCAAUACAAACCUUUGAAUUCGUUGUCUGUAGUAUUGGAAAAUUUACCAUCCACUCAUACCCUAUUUAAUAAAUUGUGGAAUCUGCAAUUAUUGUAAAUAUACUCGGGUGUAAAUAUUUGAUCUAGACGUAAAUGUAUAUUUUCAUAGUGGGUGUUAAAAGGAACCAAAUAAAUAGAGUAAAAUAAACAAUGUUAUAAAAUACUUAAAUAUAAACAUGUAAUUUUUACGUAGUUAGGUGUGACACAAGAAACACAUCGACCACCCUUGGCUGAUUAGUAAUUAUCGUCAUUCCUAUAUUGCAGUUGGUACCUUCUAUUUUAUUCAGAUUCGUUUGUCACUUAUUCUAUAAAUAAACCUUCCGAUGGUCGAGCUUAAAAUAUCGUCUUCCCAAAGUAAACUACUUAUUUGCAAAGAAAGCCCAUUCCUACUUAUUUGUUGCUUUAUAGUAUUUAUAUGGCUAGAUUAAAACAAGUCUUAUGAUAAAUUAAAAAAUAAAGUUGGUCCUAAGAAGUUACGCUAUUUAAAAUAUAGUCUUCUAUAGUUCAAAAGUAAUAAAUGUAAAUAAAUUAUGUACAUUGUAAUUCUAUACCUAUUAUUCGUGCCAAAAAAAAUCUGCGUGAAAAUCUGCUGACUAAUUUGAAUAGAUAGAGUUCAAUAGAUGUUCAUUUAAAAUGGCAGUACAUGGCCUAUAUUGUGCGUUAAUGUCCGGUUACAUUAUUUGUAUAUUCCUAAUAGUUUGAUACUAAUCGUUGUAAGUACAUUGUCAUUGUAAUUAAUACAAAUUUUGUAAAACGGUUUAGAAAAAACAUAUCACAACUAAAAUUGUUCUAAGUCUUACCGAACACCUUCUCUACAAGUAGCACGUUGAUGGAUUUGUAAUAACAUCUUAUUCGUUAUUAACUGUGUAUAAAUAGAUUUAAAAAAAUGGACAUUCUUGAGCACCAUAUUUUCCGAUGUUAAGGAAUUGCUUUUUCUAUUAAAAUACUUGCUAAAUUUUAUUGAAAAUAAUAUUGCCUGAUAUGAAACGUUUACGACGAAACACGCUUUCUCUUCGAUUUUAACAGGCGUUACUUCAUAAUAAAUAAUUGAAAGGGCCGUUUUAAUUAAACAAUUUAAGGAAUACAUUUCACCUAGAUAGAACCUUCCACUUAAAUAAUUAGUAUACGAAAUCCUAAAAGCUGAAGUGUCAUUAUAACUUUUAGAAAUUAAUGUCGUUCCGGUAAAUUCUCGAAAUAGCCAAUAGUAAAAAGCAUAGUAACACUGAGAAAGCCAUCAAUCAUAGUAGUUUCGCCGCUUUCAUUCAUGAGAGCUCUAAGAAUGUUUAAUUAUUAUGUUUUUAACUUUAAAUAUGAUUGAACCUAAGUAUAGAGUAAAAAUAGUUUUUUAGCUAUGUCCAUAAACGGUAAUGCUUUUUACUAUUGACAAAAAUAUAAAAUGUAAUUCAUACUAUAUUCCAAAAUGUUUGUGUGUUGACAUGAAUGUUGUCUAGAGUUGACGUGCAAUUUAAGUAUUUGGAAAUACUAAAUUGUUUAUUUACAAAUUGUAUGUGUAUUUUAUAGAAA